AACGGAUGCCCUUUUCCCUCCCUUCAAAUUUCCUCUCUCUCUCUCUCUCUCUCCAUCUCCAACGUCUCUUUUCUCUUCCUCUUUUCAAAUCAAACAAACACUAAUUAUUCUAAGCAAAACAAAAACCCUAAGAACAGUAACAGCAGCAUCAAAUAUUCAUCAAAUCUGAAGUAAAGAUAAAUGCAAGACUUGUUUGGAUCGGUUCGCCGAUCCUUAGUUUUCAAAUCAACUUCUUCCGGAGAUAACGAUGGUUUUACCGGUUUUGUUGAAAAAAUCGGUUCCAGCAUUCGUAAAUCGCGAAUCGGACUCUUCUCUAAGCCGCCGCCGCUUCCUGGUCUUCCGUCGUGUAAAAAAGAUGAUACUCCGCCGAUCAGGUGGCGGAAAGGGGAGUUAAUUGGCUGUGGCGCAUUUGGUAGGGUUUAUAUGGGGAUGAAUCUCGAUUCUGGCGAGCUUCUUGCUGUUAAACAGGUUUUGGUUGCAGCUAAUAGUGCUUCAAAGGAGAAAACACAGGCUCAUAUUAGGGAGCUUGAGGAAGAAGUGAAGCUUUUAAAGAAUCUUUCCCAUCCAAAUAUUGUUAGAUAUUUGGGGACUGCAAGAGAAGAUGACUCAUUGAACAUUCUAUUGGAAUUUGUUCCGGGUGGAUCCAUAUCAUCACUUUUGGGGAAAUUUGGAUCCUUCCCUGAGUCAGUUAUACGAAUGUAUACAAAACAGUUGUUAUUAGGACUAGAAUAUCUUCACAAGAAUGGAAUCAUGCAUAGGGACAUAAAGGGUGCAAAUAUUCUUGUUGACAAUAAGGGAUGCAUUAAACUUGCAGACUUUGGAGCAUCCAAGAAAGUUGUUGAACUGGCUACUAUCAAUGGUGCCAAGUCAAUGAAGGGUACUCCAUACUGGAUGGCUCCUGAAGUUAUUCUUCAGACAGGCCAUAGCUUCUCCGCCGAUAUAUGGAGUGUUGGAUGUACUAUGAUCGAGAUGGCUACUGGAAAACCACCAUGGAGCCAGCAGUAUCAAGAGGUUGCUGCACUCUUUCAUAUUGGGACAACUAAAUCUCAUCCUCCUAUUCCGGACCACUUGUCCGUCGAGGCAAAGGACUUUCUCUUGAAAUGUUUACAGAAGGAGCCAAACUUGAGGUCUACAGCAUCUGAUUUAUUGCAGCAUCCAUUUGUGACUGGGGAGUAUCAGGAACUACAUUUGAUAUUCCGCGGUUCUGUUAGGGAAUCUGCAAGUACUAUGGCAACUAGUGGGAUGAAUCUUAAGAACUCCAUGAACUCUGUGAUUAGAAGGUCAACCUGUGCAGGCUUGAAGGAUGUUUGUGAAAUGAGUAGUGUGAGGUCGUCAACUAUAUACCCGGACAAAAUGCCAGCAUCAGGAGCCUAUUGGGAUGAAGUCAAUUUUGAUGAUGAUGAUGAUAUGUGUCAGAUCGAUGAUAAAGACGAUUUUGUGGUCCGAGCAUCAGCUAAGUUUGAAUCUGCCUUUGCAUCAACUGAUUUAAAUAAGAGCUUUAAUCCUAUGUGUGAACCCAUUGAUGAAUGGGCAUGCAAGGUUGAUGAAAGUGCAGUCUUAAAGAGAAGUGGAAUCAACUUCCUAUCUAGUCAGUCACUCCACGAAAUUGCUAACCGAUCGGUGGACUCUAGUAAAAGGGAAAACGAAUUCACCUUUCCUUGUGGACCAUUAGCGACUGAGGAUGAUGAUGAAGUUACCGAGUCAAAAAUAAGGGCUUUUUUGGAUGAGAAGGCUUUCGAUUUGAAGAAGCUGCAAACACCUUUAUAUGAAGAGUUCUACAACACAUCAAACGCAGCAGAUGCUGGCAUUUCAGCUAAAAUUACAAGUAACGAUAGUUUUACAAAUUUACCAAACUUACCUCCUAAAAGUAAGUCACCUAAACGGUUACCAAGCAGAAGAUACUCUAUACUUGGAGCUACCACCAACACAGCUAGUCCACGUAGCAUCAGUAAUCAAAUAUCCAAUGAUGCUAGUAUCCAUGAUCGAGUUCUGCAGGAAAUUCAGCCACCUCAAGCCAACGAGCGGAAAGAUGUGCCUUCUGAUAAGCAGAAGGAAACAAUCACACCUAGCGCAAGUUUCUCUGAGAGGCAAAGAAAAUGGAAAGAAGAGCUUGAUGAAGAACUCGAAAGAAAACGAGAGAUGAUGCGGCAGACAGGAAUAGGAGGAGGGAAGCCACCGUCGUCUCCCAAGGAUCAGAUCCUAAUUCGACAAAGAGAUCGAUUACGGUUUAUGUUUCCUGGCAAAUAAAUUAUAAAUGUACAACACUACUAUUUACUUGAUUAUGUAAUAUUCCCUUAUGGAAAAAUUUGUGCUUUUCCAUGAUGAGUGAGUUGUUAAUGUAUGUAAUUUAUAUCCGGUGAAAAUGAUGUCUAAUAAGAUAUAUAGCCAACAGACAAUCUUCUACCUCAUUGUAUCUUGUCCUUUGUGGUUCAGUUGAAAGGAUGAUAAGAUCAGAUUCCUUUCUGUAA